AUGUCAGAUUACAUGUAUUUUCAGAGUAGAGCAAUUCUUGCACCCACACUUAAGAGUGUCGAGAAGGUAAACAAUUUUGUCUUGACAAUCUUUUCAGGGAUGAAAAAUGAGUAUUUGAGCUCUGACACAACAUGUCAAGCUAAUGAGAAUGAAGAUGUAAAACAAGAGUGGUUCACACCAGAGUUUCUAAAUGACAUCAAAUGUUCGGGACUACUCAAUCACAAGUUGACUUUGAAGUCAGGAGUCGCUGUAAUGCUACUGCAAAACAUAGACCAGACUUCAGGUUUAUGCAAUGGGACAAGAUUAAUAGUUAACAAACUUGGCAGCAACGUAAUUAGAGCAACGGUAGUGACCGGUAGAAAUAUUGGAGAUAAAGUGUACAUUCCAAGAAUGAACUUGAUCCCUUCAGAUUCAGGAUUGCCAUUUAAGUUCCAACGGAGACAAUUUUCAUUAACAGUAUGCUUUGCAAUGACCAUUAACAUGAGUCAGGAUCAAUCAUUAUCACAUGUACGGCUUUAUUUGCCAAAAUCAAUGUUCAUCUAUGGACAACUUUAUGUUGCUUUGUCAAGAGUUAAGAGUCGUAGUGGCCUCAGGAUAUAA